AUGGCUGAGGAAAUAGAUCCAACGACUCUACCGUUAGAGGAGAGGUUGGCUCAUAAAGUAUGGAAAGUUAGAUUAGGCGCUUAUGAGGAACUUUCUAAACAAUUUCAAUUGUCACAAAGUGAACAAGAAGCUCUGUCCAUCAUACAGUCGUUAGACUUGGUUAAAAAAAUCCUACUAGAUACUAAUGUGGUUGCUCAGGAAACUGCUUAUAAGGUGUUUAUUGACUAUUUGACGUAUGGUGGCAAUGCACAACUAGUUUCGCGGCUCGUGAAGAAUCAAGAUAUCGUACAUGCAAUCUGUGAAAAGGGAUUGUCAUCGUCACGAAAGGGAACAAAAGAUAAUGCUAUUGAAAGCAUUUUGCUCAUGGUUGAACUCUUGCCUGAUCCGUCGCCAAUUGUCGAGGAAAUGAUUCCUUCUCUUGGUAACAAACUACCAAAAUUGGUUGCUGGUUGUACUACUUGUUUAACCGCUAUAUACGAAAACUUUGGCUGCAAAGUGGUUCCUCCAAAACUUAUUAUUGGUUCAUUGGCCAAGUUGUUUGCCCAUGCUGAUAAAAACGUUAGAUUGGAAGCAACAAAAUUGACCGUAGAGUUGUACAAAUGGAUGGGCGACUCUUUAUCAAAUAUUUUGUUUUCAGAUUUAAAACCAGUCCAGCAAAAGGAUUUAACUGCAAGUUUUGAAAUUGUAAAAGGAGAGAAACCAGAGCAAAAAAGGUUGACAAGGGCACAAAAAGCAGAAAUUGUAAAACAAGAAGAAGCCAAAAGGGCUGCUGCUGCUGCUGCUGCUGCUAAUAACGAUAAUAAUAACAAUGACGAAGACGUUGAUAUGAAUGAAUUAGAAGCUUCAGAAGCAUCUAAUUAUGAUCCUUUGGAAUUUGUCGACCCGGUAGAAGUAUUGGACAAAUUACCUAAUAAUUUCAGAGAAAGAAUAUCCUCUACAAAGUGGAAAGAUAGGGUCGAAGUUCUUGAAGAAGUCUUGGCUAUUUUGGAGAAAGCUCCCAAAUUGGUCACCACCGAUGAUUAUGCGCCAGUUUUGCGUAUUUUUGCCAAAAAUAUGAAAGAUGCCAAUAUACAAGUGGUCCAAUUAGCUGCCACUUGUGCCAAUCUUAUAGCAAUAGGAUUAGGCUCGCAUUUUUCUAAAUAUCAAUCAAUUUUACUAGGACCAGUCAUUGAAAGAACAAAGGAGAAAAAACCUUCAGUGGCAAAUGCAUUGGAUACGCUCCUUGAUACGAUGUUUUCUAUUUCUGGCUUGGGCUCAAUUCUAGACGAGACUGUUGAAGGGAUGAAGUUGAAAGUACCCCAGAAUAAAAUUGCUUGCGCCAAUUUCCUUCAAAGAUGCUUGGCAAGAACCACUGUUGCUCCAAAAUCGUCAGAAGUAGACUCUAUAAUCGAAGCGGGAGUCAAGUUACUUAGCGAUUCUCAGGAACCUAUUAGGCAAGCAGCUACUGAAUUGAUUGGCACCCUAAUGAAGAUCACGGGAGAGCGUCAAUUGACCAAACUGCUCGAAAAUGUGGAUGAUAAUAGAAAGGCUAAAAUAAUGAAGUUUUAUGAAACCGUUAAUGUGAAAUGCACAGCAACAGCACCAGCAGUAGCAGUAGCAAGGAAUCAAAAACAGGCACGCGAAGGAGCGGCAAAGAAAGUACCUUCUAGAACCGCUUCUUCUGCCAACGAACUUAGCUCUUCUGCAAGCUCUUCUACAAUACCAGCAAAACGUGGUGCUGCAUCGCCCGCUAAACGGGUAGAUGAUUCAAAAGUCAGUAAUUUGGGAAAAGGUCUUACUGCAAGAUCGUUAGCAAAGCCAACAAUUCCAUCUUUACGACCUCCUCAAAGCAGGCAUACGCCACCAGUAUCGGCAACCUACACAAAUUCGCCGCCACAACCAUUUGAUGGAACUGCUUUUGGUGGUAAUAACAAUAAUAAUAAUAGUAAUAAUAAUAAUAAUAAUAGUAAUAACAACAAUAAUAAUAACAAUAAUAACAAACAAAGAGAGGAGAUUGAACAAUUAAAGCUGGAGAUUAAAGCGACGCAACAAAAACACCAAGAAGAUCAAAACUUAAUAAAGCAGUUGGAAGCUCUUAAUGAAAGUUUGAAAGAGGAAAUCAUUUCUUUGAAAUCACGAUUAGAAUCUGAAAACAGGAGCCAUUCAAUCACCAUAAAUCAUAAAGAAACCCAGUUGAAUAAUUUGAGAAUAGAGUUGGAGAAGGCAAACUAUAAGAUCAAAAACUUGGAACAAGAAAACGAAAUUUCAAAGUUGCAGCAGUCCAAUAAACUGUUCCAUAGUAAUGGUGCUAGUUCCAGGUUUGUUUCAUCAGGAGGAGUUUCCAAAUUCAAUCCACCAGAUAUAAACUCGGGAGUUAAGCGUUUAUCAAUAGGUGGAGAAGAACAGCAAAUUAGGGGAGAAAAUUCCAAUUUUGCAAACAUUGCACCAAACAGCUACCACAGGCCAUUGUACAAUACUUCUGUUUCCACUAAUACCACUACCUCUACCAAUGCAAUGGAUGUGGACUCGGGAGACGAUUGGAAGAGAGCUGCCGAAGUGACCUCACAAUUGAAAGCAAGGAUUGAGAGAAUGAAGGCACGAGCUAGAACUCCUCUUAAUGUGGAGUAG